GUUCAGCACCUGAAAUCAAGUGAACGUCUUCCUGAAUGUUUUAGUUUGUGUCUAGUUUCUGCUUGUCACCGCGGCGCAUAAACACCUACACACGGAACCGGGCCACCGGACCUCACGAACUGCUUUUUUUUUUUUUCCCGUUUUUGAUAUUAUAUUAACGUGAAUGGGAAGGCCUGCGUGAUCGUUCCGUUGCAGGAGCUUGAAAAAAGAAGUCAGGGUUUCUUCACUGCGAGGAAGGACCGUCGACUACGACCAGUGAUGGCAGCGGCGACCGUGGUGGAAGCUGAUGCGGCGACAAGCGAAGGCGCUGCGGCUUUCUCCGGUGUCCAGGGCCGGGGCUGGGAGGACUCCCAGCUCCGACCGUACCCGUUCCCCAGCAAACCCAUCCCCAGGCUUUCUCACACAGACCCCAGGGCAGAGAUGCUAAUAAACAACGAGGAACCCGUGGUUUUAACGGACACAAACCUCGUGUAUCCAGCUCUCAAAUGGGACAUCCCGUACCUCCUGGAGAACAUCGGGAGCGGGGACUUCUCUGUUUACAUGUCAGAAAACCACAAAUUCCUCUAUUACGACGAGAAGAAAAUGUCCAACUUUGAGAACUUUGUCCCCAAGUCUCGACGGAUGGAAAUGAAAUUCUCUGAAUUUGUGGAUAAAAUGCAGAAAACGGAGGAAAUGGGGGGACAAGAGCGAGUCUAUUUGCAGCAGACACUGAAUGACACCGUAGGAAAGAAGAUUGUUGUUGACUUUCUUGGUUUUAACUGGAACUGGAUCAACAAGCAGCAAGCCAAGAGGAACUGGGGACCGCUGACAUCUAACCUGCUGCUGGUCGGCAUGGAGGGUAAUGUGACCCCGGCACAUUAUGAUGAGCAGCAGAACUUUUUUGCACAGAUUAAAGGUCAUAAGAGAUGCAUCCUCUUCCCUCCAGACCAGUUUGAGUGUCUGUAUCCUUACCCUGUCCAUCACCCCUGUGACCGACAGAGCCAAGUUGAUUUUGAUAACCCAGACUAUGAGAAAUUCCCAGAUUUUAAAAAAGUUGUUGGUUAUGAAGCUGUUGUGGGGCCUGGAGAUGUUCUGUACAUCCCUAUGUAUUGGUGGCAUCAUAUUGAAUCUUUAUUGGACGGAGGAGUGACGAUCACUGUGAACUUCUGGUACAAGGGAGCUCCCACGCCAAAGAGGAUAGAAUACCCACUGCGAGCCCACCAGAAGGUUGCCAUCAUGAGGAAUAUUGAGAAGAUGCUGGGAGAAGCACUUGGAGACCCACAGGAGGUUGGACCUUUACUAAAAACAAUGAUCAAAGGGAGAUAUGAUCAGGAUCUCAGUUAGAGCUCCUGCUUUGUGACUAUAAAAUGGACUACUCUGGAAACUGCAUGUGAAAGUUACAUUGCCUUCUAUGUGUUUGUGUGAUAGAGAGCGAUUACUGUGCUUUCUGUCGUUGGAGCUAAGCAUCAUUGCAUGGCAAGAAGAAUUUUGCUCCAGUCUCCAAAUGCAACCACAACAAUUAAAGACGAAACAACCAACUAAUUAUUGGGAUUUCUGGAAACUGAUGAAGUUCAUCUUUUGUUUUUGGAGAGAAGACCAGUGGGUGGGUUUGUGUCGAUCAGUGUUCACUAAACAUGGUUUAAACUAUUGGCCUUAUUGUGAAUUGGCACCAAUGUUUUUACCACUUACAGAUGCACCAAGAGAUAUGAAGUGUUUAUCAAAGAUAUCGUUUCACUAAAGAAGAAACCAUCCAGAGGACCUACUUAUUUUUUCUUUUUGAUAUCAAGUAUAUCAAAUGGAUAAAAUUUCCUUUAAACAAAGAAAAACAGUUUCAAAUUAUUUUCCAUCUUUAUCAUAAAAACUGUUUCACAACUCAGCAUAUUCUACACAGACUGUGCUUUUUGUUAUGAUGUAUAGUCAAUACAAUUUGAUUGGUUCAAAGACAGUCACAUCACACAACUACUGUUAUAAUAAACAGUAAUAAAUUAUCUAAUGUAUGGAUGGGAAUAAGGGGACAUAGCUGAAAAAUAUAGUGUACUUUUUUUCCCAAUGGUGUGAUUGCAUUUUUAUACACAUUUAUUGUUUGGUUUGUAUUUCAAGGGCUUUUUAAGGAUUUGCUGCUAAGUUAUCUUGUAACAGCGAAAGGUAUCUUGUUGCAACUAAAGUUGCAAAUAAAACUUUUCUGUAAGGAUUUCAAAGAACCUACAGUGGGUUACAUAUUUUCUGAGGGAAACUUUUCAGAAUACAGCAGUUUUCAGGUCAAUAAAAUGGUGAGGAUCGUUAAAGAGUGUAAAAAGGAUUUUAACAUCACAAAUGAUGUGUUUAAAUGCUAUUAGCUGACUGCUACCAUCUGCUGGAAUGUAGCUUUGCAAAAGCUAUUGCAGUGCAGUAAAAUGCACCAUCUAGUGGUCAGAUGUUUCCUGGUAAGCUUGAUCCCUCUUCUCUUUCAGCAUGUUGUGUUUAAUGCUGCAGAUUAUAGAUAUUGUACAGUGUGUUUAAAAAUCCUAUGUUGAAAAGCCCCUUUAAUGACACCUGUAGAAUACCUGUUGUCUGGGAUGCACUUAUUUUUAUUUUCUCACAGCGUAUAAAUGUACAAUAAGCCACUAUUUUCAACAUAUUUGACAGAUUGCAAGUUUUUUCCCCCACUAGGACAGUGUAUAUGAACUGUGUUAUCCACUUUACAUUGUUGGUAGUUUUAAUAAUGUGGCUGAUCGGUGUGUGCGUGUCACACAAACGAGUUGUUACGUGUGUUGUGCUGUAUGUGCCAAACCUACACUGACACCAGUAGAUAGGAAUCUGAUUAAAUUUGUUGAUCACGA